AUGUCUUGGAGGACAUUUGACGCCCAAACGGACAUCAGUGUCACUGCCGUCAUUGGACAUCGGUGGCCCAAUCUCCAUCCUGCCCUCCCACUCUCCCCCUUCCUCCCCAGUGCCGUCCCGCUGCAUGAUGAGGUCCGAUAUGGAAACCCUAGUGAUAUCCUGUGUCAUCAUCAUGCCGCACUUGCAUGUCCAAUGACGAUCGAGGUCGAUGCGCGUGUGGGGGGGCAUGGGAUGGGUUGUGGCAGAAUGUAUGCAUGGGUCACGUCGUCAACGUACAGUGUUGUGGUCAUAUCUGGCAGUGCUGCCUCGGGUGAGGGCUUAUGCGUGUGGUGGGGAUGA